AUGCCCAGCUCCACUGCGAUGGCAGUUGGCGCGCUGUCCAGCUCCCUCCUGCUCACCUGCUGCCUGAUGGUGGCCCUGUGCAGCCCGAGGAUCCCGCUGGAGAAGCUGGCCCAGGCGCCGGAGCGGCCGGGCCAGGAGAAGCGCGAGCACGCGUCUCGGGACGGCCCGGGGCGGGUGAGCGAGCUGGGGCGCCCGGCGAGGGACGAGGGCGGCGGCGGCGGCCGGGACUGGAAGGGCAAGAGCGGCCGCGGGCUGGCCGGCCGGGAGGCGUGGAGCAGGCAGAAGCAGGCCUGGGCCGCCCAGGGCGGGGGCGCCGGGGCCGGGGACCUGCAGGGGCGGCCCCGCGGGGACACCCCGCACGAAGAGCCCCCGGCCGCCGCCGCCCAGGACGUGGCGGGUCCGGAGUCGGAGCCCACGCCCGAGCCGCCGGAGGAGUACGCGUACCCGGAUUACCGGGGCAAGGGCUGCGUGGACGAGAGCGGCUUCGUGUACGCGAUCGGGGAGAAGUUUGCCCCGGGGCCCUCGGCCUGCCCGUGCCUGUGCACCGAGGAGGGACCGCUGUGUGCCCAGCCCGAGUGCCCGCGGCUGCACCCGCGCUGCAUACACGUCGACACGAGCCAGUGCUGCCCGCAGUGCAAGGAGAGGAAGAACUACUGCGAGUUCCGGGGCAAGACCUACCAGACCCUGGAGGAGUUCGUGGUGUCGCCGUGUGAGCGGUGCCGCUGCGAGGCCAGCGGGGAAGUGCUAUGUGCGGUGUCCGCGUGUCCGCAGACCGAGUGCGUGGACCCCGUGUACGAGCCGGACCAGUGCUGCCCCAUCUGCAAAAACGGCCCGAACUGCUUUGCGGAGACGGCGGUCAUCCCUGCCGGCAGAGAGGUGAAGACGGACGAGUGUACCAUCUGUCACUGCACCUACGAGGAGGGCACCUGGAGGAUCGAGCGCCAGGCCAUGUGCACCCGACACGAAUGUCGCCAGAUGUAGGGCCUGCACGCCUCGCGUCUGCUAGACGCCUUGCCCAGCCUGGGCCUGCUGUGCCACUCGGAAACGCCGGCCGAACGGGCGACAGUUUCCACGAGGAACCGUGAGGAACCGUCGGUCGUUUUGCUUUUCUGGGUCACAAAGACUGCAAAAGAAAGAACUGGACGUAUUUCAAAACAUCCACAAGAACUUAGGGAAAAAAAAAAAAACCCGUCUCUAAAUAAAUGUGCUAUUUUCACAGUAAGUACACUGAAGUCCACUAUUAUAUAUGAAAUGUAUUUCUA